GUCGCCGCCAGUCCCGGGUUUGCGCUGCGCUGAGAAGAGCACCGUGCUAGGCUCCCCAGCAUCCUCCUCCUCCUUCUGCCCCCACCACCACCACCACCGCUACCUCCUCUUCCUCCACCUGCCCCGCCCCCUCAUGCGGCACCUCCGGCGGUCUGUGUGGACACGACGCACAUCCGUGUUUGUCUCCGGCGGCGCCUGUGCAGCAAUCGGUGCCUCCACGACGCGGGGAUAAACACCGGCACCCGUACCAUUGCUAUGCAAAUUAUAUCUCCGCGAAUGGACCCAAAACACUCGUUCCAGGUGAAAACAAAUAGAAUAACGUUGAAGUUCCGUCCUUCCGCCAUUUUGAAAAUCUGCACCUCGGAGCGAGCCAACCAGAGCAGCUGACCGAGUGAGCGAGGAAGAGAGAGAAAGAGAGAGGCGGCGGGAGAGAGUGAGGCCGGGAGAGUGAGUGCAGGGCGGGAGCGGCGGCCGUCCCCGUGUGGGAGAGCAAUGAGCCAGCCCUCCAGGUGCACCCUGAACACCGCCAGCUGAACACAGAGGACAGGAAACUGUUCGUGGGCAUGCUAAGUAAACAACAGACAGAAGAGGAUGUACGGCAGCUCUUCCAACCCUACGGGAACAUUGAGGAAUGCACCAUACUGAGGGGGCCGGAUGGCGCCAGUAAAGGUUGUGCGUUUGUGAAGUACGGCUCCCACACCGAGGCUCAAGCGGCCAUCAACACACUCCACGGCAGUCAGACAAUGCCGGUAAGUCACACUGGUGCAUCUUCGAGUCUGGUGGUGAAGUUUGCAGACACGGAGAAAGAAAGGCAAUUGCGACGCAUGCAACAAAUGGCCGGAAACAUGGGUCUUCUAAACCCCUUCGUCUUCAACCAGUUUGGGGCCUACGGGGCCUAUGCUCAAGUUAAUGUGUCAGAGCAGCAAUUCAUGCAGCAACAGGCCGCCCUGAUGGCCGCUGCCUCCCAGGGCACCUACAUCAACCCGAUGGCGGCGCUCGCCACACAGAUGCCACACGCUGCUGCGCCCCUGGCCAAUGGCAUCACCAGCCCAGUCGUCCCGCCCACUUCCGCAUCUGUGCCACUGGUGUGGGACAUUCAGAGUUCAAAAGUUGGUGCCAGUCAAGCUCAGCCCGUUAACGGCGCAUUGCCCUCCAUGCCUUCCCCUACGAUGCAGAAUUUCAAUAUAGCUCCUCAGCCAGGGCCCAAUAGCCAGCCAGGCGGGAGUGAGGGGGCUGUGUUUGCCAAUGGCCUCCCUCAAACCUUUGCUGCACCCCAGCCAAUCCCUAACGGAGAGGCGGCCACACUGCAGCCCUCAGCAGCCUACCCAGGCAUGCCUUACUCCGGCGUCGCUGUGUAUCCUGCGCCCGUGUACGGCCAGUACGCCCAGGCGCCAUCGCCCCAGCUGGCCCCAAUACCCCACAACAAGGUUGAAGGUUGCUCCAUCUCAGGACCUGAAGGCUGCAACCUCUUCAUCUACCACUUGCCGCAGGAGUUUGGUGAUGCCGAGUUGAUGCAGAUGUUCCUCCCUUUCGGAAAUGUGAUCUCCUCCAAGGUGUUCAUUGAUAGAGCCACCAACCAGAGCAAGUGCUUCGGUUUUGUGAGCUUUGACAACCCUGCCUCAGCUCAAGCAGCAAUCCAAGCAAUGAAUGGCUUCCAGAUCGGCAUGAAGCGCCUAAAGGUUCAGCUCAAGCGACCCAAGGAUGCCAAUAGACCCUACUAACGGCCGCACUCAGUAGGGGAGACCAGGGGUUCAUGAUGGAGCAGCUCUUCAAGAUUGCUGCAGAUUUAUCAUAGCUUGAGUGUGACAUUUAUAUCAAGUAUUAGGAAUCCAAAGCAUAGGUUGUAAGUAUAGAGAAGAAAGUACUUGAAAACAGGAAAUUCUCUGCAAGAUGAACACUAUUACCAUAUUUCUAUACUACAAGUGCUAAAUAUACGAGUCCAGAGAGCUUGAGUUGCUACACAGGCUGCGGGAGGCCUCACAGUGGCUGGAAUGAUGAGAUGAUCACUAAGAAGAGAUUGCCCACAAUUUUCUUCUAUUUUGUUUUUCUUUAUUUUUCUUAAGGAAGUUACAGUGAAUGGAAGUCCACAGUUGAGGCCUGUGCUGCUGUGUACACAAACUGUAUAUAUAUGUUGUACUGAGCUAAAGCACAGUACCAAAAAAUAAAAAAAAGAAAUGGGUCAAGGACUAAAGGUCCUUCCCUCCCACAUGUUGAUAGCCAUGUUAUUACUGAGAGUAUGGAAACAAUAUUUUUAAUAUUAAUAAGCCUUCUGUUAAAGUUAUAUUACGUAUCAUAAUAUUUCAGCUAUAUCAUAUUGUUAAGAAUAGUAAUAUACUUAAGACGUGCUCUAUCAGCUCUACGCCAUUUUGUGCGAGUUGGCCGGGUGACGUGGAUCUCCCAGCACCGGAUGUGUCCUAACCCGCCCCGCUGACGGGUUGCUCCUUCAGGGUACUAAGUGUUGCGUGUCUCGUGUCUGUUGCCUCACGCCCUGCGCUGUGCCCGGGCCACGCAGCUGCCACCCCCUUGGCUGUCGUCUCAUGGCUCAGUUAUCGCCCAUUUUUACCUGGUAGUCUGUGGGCUCUUUGUCCACAAGUACUUUGCUUGAAACUGGGCUGCCACAGUGGUGAUGCCAUGUGCACUGGUGCUCCUCACGCCAAACUGUGUGGUGUGUAUCCGGGCGGGGGCACCAACCACCCCGCCAGACCAGGGCGAUGAGGUCUCUUCCCAGCUCCACAGUUGGACAACCAAAGUGAUGGCCUCAAAGGGUUCAGAGGCCCUUAGUCUAGUGUCAAACUAGAGAAUUAGCUUCUCUAUACCUGUAGAUGCCUAUAGAUACAUAGAUUAAAGCGCUAGAUAGCUUUCAAGUAUAGAGGAAGUCUCAUAAAGACACACUGUAUAUAUGCUGAAGGUAACUUGGUAGGACUAUUGACCCUGCAUUUGAUCAUAUGUACAGUGAAUAGCAUAUUCACUAGACUAAGGAUACCAACGCUUAUCUCCAGUCAAUUUUAUAUCAUGAUAUAUUUUUAAAUCAUUUGUAUCCAAUGGUUUAAUAAGAUUUGUGCAUUUCUUUGUGGCUUAGAUAUUUAGACAUCUGUAUGUUUGUCAGAUCAAAGUGGCAUUAUUUUCUAGUCAAGGUGUACUUGUUAUUUUUUUAAGAUUACAGUUUUUGCAGUGAUCUUUCAUCUAUGAUCUCAGACAUUCCAUCUAGUCAUUAUUAUUAUUGCUUUAUCCACCUUUUUGGGUAUUUAAUCCCCCACAUUCUUAUUCUAAAUAAUAUGCUGUGUGUCAUCCACAUAACUUUGAACCAUUGACAGAAUUGUGCCAAGAGAGUUCAAGCUGAUUUCACCAUUACCUGGUCUAUUUUAUUUGUUUCAGAUAUUUACAUGUUAUAUGCCCUUGCGGUUUAGGAGUAAGAAUUACUAAUUUCUGAAAGAAUGAAGCUGUUUCUCUGACAUAGCAUAUCUAGUCCAGUAUGUACAUACGCACGACAGUCAGGCGUUGCAUUGCACCGGACCUGCUCUGUUGAGGAGACAAGUGCAUAUCGUCUUCAUCUCAGCUGGUUCCUCCCUAAGUAGUUUUAUCAAUAUUUAUAAGACAUAGACAUAGGAAUGGAGAAAGUAUAUUAACUAAAAUUUUUCAUUAAAUCAAAUACUAUUUGAACUUUUACAUAUUCUGAAAAGACAAAAAAAAAAUCUUGCUCAUUCCCAAAUAUUCUUACACAUUUAGUACUUUUAAGACUAGUCUCUUUUCCAGAGCAGGCUGGUACGAUAGGCCUGUACAAUUGUAAUAUUACAUAGGCCCUAUUGCCUUGCUCAUGCUGGCAUCUUGUUUUUAUCCAAGAUCAGGCUUUGUGUGCUAACAAGUUUCAGCUCGCUUCAAAGGUAAAGGACUUCUGCGUAAACAAGAUGGCAGCAACUGAGUACAACAGGGAUAUUAUUAAGGAUCGUAAGGAGAUAGCCACACCAAAGAAAUAAGAGAAAAAUACUUAAAGAAUAGUUUUAGUACAUCACAUUUAGAAAGUGCGUAGCAUAUAAUUUAUUACUAUUUAUUUAUUAUUGCUUAUAAUUUAUUAAUACAAUUGCCUAAAGGAGAGUGUAAUCUAUAAUGGUUAGUUAUCAAGGCAAUAUCAAAUCUAGUUGCUUUGGGACCAAUUUUAGUGUCUUUUGGUCAAUUCUUGUAAGAUGGUAUUGUUCAGUGAUGUGUUGUAUUCAUUUAAAACCUUCAACCCAUUUUUGAAGUGCAUUUUUAACGCCUAUGGACGACCAUAAGAUACACUCUCUGAUAUAUUGCUAAUACUUAGCCCCUAUAAAUUUUAAGGAUAUUGGUAAAUGCCCGCAUAUUAAAAAGUAUUCAUUUUCGUAUUAAUGGAGGAGACCAGGAGGCCCACACCUGCUAUAACGAGCUGAAUAUUUCAGUAGCACAGUACAUUUGCUAACGAGAAUACUGUAAACCUGACGGGAGAAGCAAACAUGACUCCAGUGUUCAAAGUGAGUUCACACCGACAAGUGUACGCCAGUAUGCUUGUCCAGAGAAGAGCGGCAUAAAGUGUCUCCAGUGAAGACGGCUGGUGACCUUUGAAGUUGACUGUCUUUCGUAACUCGUGUAAUCUGUGGAUAGCAGGGCCCUAGCAUAUCAGUGUUGCGCCCCCUCUUGCCUUGCCUGGUCAAUGACCCGGUCCUGGCGGAACUGGCUGCCUGCACGGUCUCUCGUCUUGCGCCUUGCCUUCACUGACCCCACCCCGUGCCAGGAGCUGGCAGGCCCCUUUCUGCCGACCACAUUGCCCCCACCUGCCGUCACCUUCUGUCCCUUGUGCACUGCCGCAGCCAUCCUUAUCUCACUGCCCGCUUCACUGAGGGAGGUCAGUGCUGGAGGCUGCUAUGUAGGAAUCAGGAGUGAAAGUUUUGUCUCCUGUCUGGUGCAUGCUUGGACGAGGGGCGGGCGGGGGCGAGGGUGAGGCUUGACCUGGCGCACCGCUUGUGUCUGACACAGCGCCUGCCCCUGGCCUCCUCCGUGUCACCACAAGUCGUGGGACUCACCCUUCCAGGGGUCGCCGGGUCCUGUUAAGCUAUAUGGUUGUUCAUCAACAUGGCAAGCUCUGUAAGCUUUUAUAUUGUAAUUUUCUAGACCCCAGAUUCUUCUCCUUCCAAGAGAAUUUAAUAGCAUGGUAAAAAGUAGUUAACCAUUUGAAGUAGUUUGAUAGAAGCAUAAUUUAUAUCUGAUUUGCCAUAGUUAAGAGUAGAGGCUUGAUCUGGCCACAAGGGCCAUGGGAUAGCCAGUAUCAUUGAUUAUCCACAAUCUUGUGAGGUAUUCCUGUGAAUACGCCUCGUAAGUCAAUUGUACCGGACACGCUUGUGAUCCACCACUAGCUGUGCUCCUCUAUUGCCAAAAUAGCCAGGAAUUACUGGUGCAAAAGGCCUGGGCAAGUUUUCCAUCAAGUGAUUAAUAUAGCAGAUCAGCUAGGACAGGGCCAUGUGGUACACACUCCAGUUGAACUGUGGCAUUGUGCCCAACAAUUUUCAGCAAUUUGCAAAUUUCACGUCAUCACAUACUUUGUACGUGUAUUGAAAUUCAGUAUGCAUUUCAAUAUUUGGUAAAAUAUGGCAUUGAGUUUACUAAUUCAUGUUAUCAUACUGGCCAUGCCCUCAACAACUCAUAGUUAAUUUUUUUUUAUAUACAUGUAUAUGGAAUUUUAUUUAUACAUAGCUAUGAAUUAUAUGUACUUUAAUGCGAGACUGCAAAAAAAUAUAAUUAGGCUACUUCACGAUUCAACAUACUGAAUUUAACAGGGAUAAUUGGACCUUUGUUGAAAUUGUUGCUAAUAACAUAAAUUUAUACAUUGUUAAAAUGCACAAAAUACUGUCAUUUAACAAAAUUAUAUUUCACUAUAUUUACUCUGCGAUAAAUAGCUACAUCAGUACAUCAAAAGUUGUAAAGUAUCACAAGUAGGGAGAAUCUGGGUUGUGCAAUGGUUGAGAGGGUUGCUGAUACACCCUUGGUGGUCGAUUGGGAGUGUGUAGCAUUCUUGCCCUUGUAAAAGUGAUACUUUGUAAUGAAAUAAAGAUCCAAUAUAUAUA